GACAAACAUGAGAAUAUAUCACUGUUAAUGUACUCAUUGAUCAUAAAUUGACAAAAUCUUUCAACUGGAAUAUCUUUGCCCCAUAAACGUCUCAGUUUACACACACGCACACCAGUUCAUUGCAACCCAACUGACAAUGUCGCUGUUAACUUUGAGGUUUGUUGUUGUCUCUGUUUUCAGACCCAUUUUGUCUCAUUUUCAACAUCUAAACCCUAGAUUCCUUUGUUGCUUUCAAAACCCUAGAUUUUACUCUCAAAUACAUGAACAAGACGAACACAGUCUCGUUUCUUCAUUCAAUCACAUGCUUCAUCAGAAUCCUAUCCCACCCAUCUUCCAUUUUGGAGUGAUGUUAGGUUCUCUUGUCAAGGCCAACCAUUACACCACAGCUGUUUCUCUUCAUAGAAAAAUGGAAUUAAACGGAGUUGCUUCAAACUUAAUCACUAUGAGCAUCUUGAUCAAUUGUUUUUGUCAUUUGGGUCAAAACCCUCUUUCCUUUUCAGUGUUUGCCAAGAUUCUCAAGAUGGGUUACGAGCCAAAUGUCAUAAUUUUGACUACAAUCAUUAAGGGUCUCUGUCUUAAAGGCGAGGUUCGUGAAGCAUUGCACUUUCAUGACAAGGUGGUAGCACAGGGAUUUCAGUUGAAUCAGGUUAGUUAUGGAGCCUUGAUUAAUGGAUUGUGUAAAGUUGGAGAAACAAGAGCUGCCCUGGAAUUGCUGAGACGAGUUGAUGGGAAAAUUGUUCAGCCUAAUGUGGUAAUGUAUACCAUGAUCAUUGAUGGUAUGUGCAAAGAUAAACUUGUUAAUGAUGCUUUUAAUUUAUAUUCUGAAAUGAUCGCUAAGAGAAUUUUUCCUGAUGUUGUCACUUAUAAUAAUUUAAUUAGUGGCUUUUGCGUUGUGGGUCAAUUGAAAGAUGCAAUUGGUUUGUUGCAUAAAAUGAUAUUGGAAAACAUUAACCCAAAUGUUUAUACCAUGAGUAUAUUGGUUGAUGCUUUUUGUAAGGAUGGAAAACCGAAAGAAGCUAAAGCAGUGGUUGCCGUUUUGAUGAAAAACGGCGUAAAACCUAACGUUGUUACUUAUAAUUCUUUAAUAGAUGGAUAUUGUCUUGUUAAACAAGUGAACAAGGCUGAGGUUAUACUCAACACCAUGGCCCAAAGGGGAGUGAUUGCCGAUGUUCAAAGUUACAGUAUCAUGAUUAAUGGAUUUUGUAAGAUUAAAAUGGUGGAUGAAGCUAUUGAUCUCUUCAAAGAAAUGCAAGGCAGACAACUCGUUCCUGAUACGAUAACUUAUAGUUCCCUUAUUGAUGGCUUGUGCAAAUCAGGGAGAAUCUCAGAUGCUUGGGAACUUGUAAGUGAGAUGUCUGAUAGAGGUCAACAACCUAAUAUAAUUACUUACAAUUCUUUAUUGAAUGCUUUAUGCCAAAAUCACCAUGUUGACAAAGCAAUCGCAUUGUUAAGAAAAUUUAAAACCCAAGGUAUUCAACCAACUUUAUGUACAUAUACUAUUCUUAUCAAGGGACUAUGCAUGAGUGGAAGGCUUAAGGAUGCACAAGUGGUUUUUCAAGAUCUUCUAAUAAAAGGCUACAAUCUAGAUGUCUAUACAUAUACUGCUAUGAUCCGAGGAUUCUGUUACGAGGGCUUAUUUGAUGAAGCACUGGCUUUGCUGUCAAAAAUGAAAGACAAUGGGUGCAUGCCAAAUGCUAAAACUUAUGAAAUAAUUAUUCUUUCUUUGUUCAAAAAAGAUGAAAAUGAUAUGGCGGAAAAACUUCUUCGUGAGAUGAUUAGGAGAGGCCUAUUGUAAGAUCAAAGUUAGGUCACAUGUUUUUCUAUUUUUUAUACAUUGUUAUUUUGAAUUAUGUAUCAAAUAUCAACAUUAUUGCAUAAUUUUGUUUGUUUCA